CAGUCCUCCUGUGCUGUGAGUGAUACAUUAUAUUACUUUCCCUUCGUAUGUACUCUCUAUAAGGACUGUUUCUGCAGAGCUGCCUCACUUAGUCCCAGCUCAGUGAUACAAUAACUGCAAUAACUCAGGUGUCCAAAGCCCCAGAUCAGAAGAUGGCUGAAGAGACCCAAAACUUGGUUCCGAACGGGAUGUCCGGGGAGAGUGUGGUCGAAGUUGGGAAUGGAAAUGCCAGGACCUGUAACAAACGAAGCUUGGUGACCGCCCUAUCCGUCUUCGUUGGAAUUCUCAUCGUGGGUCAAGCUGUGACCGUCUACUUCGUCACUCAGCAGCAGUCCAAGAUCUCUACGCUGCUUGAAACUACGAACAAGAUGAAGUUGGAUGCAAUGAUAAAGAAUCUUCCUGGCUCACCACCUGACAAAAACAAACGCAAGAUGCCAUUGGUGGCUUUUAGCAUGCCCUUACUUUCUGAUGACGACACACACACCAUGCGGAACCUGGAGUACGCUGCGAGGGCCAGCAACCAUAUAGAAGACGCAGCGAAAUACAGUCUCCUGAUGGGUAACCCCUUGAGGAAGUAUCCGUCCUUCAAUGGCACUAUCCUGGACAACCUGAGAAAACUGAGGAAGACUUUGGGCGAGGAAGAAUGGAUGGCAUUUGACUCAUGGAUGCAGCAGUGGUAUCUGUUUUAUUUAGUGCAGAACACCAAGACACCAGGGACACCCUCAGUAAACAAAGCUGUUGCCACAGGAGACAGUGGCUUAUUGACAUCACCGGAAAGAAACCUUCCACCAGCUCAGCUUGCGAGAAGCGGACAUUUGGUUUUUGGCAGUAGCAGUCACUCAGCAGACUCAUUGUUCAAUAUUAAUGAUGAAACACCAAGUGGUGCCCCAGUGCUGACCCCCUGCCAGGAAAAGGCCAGUUCCCCAGUGAAGCUCGGUGCCUACGUUCCGCAGUGUGAUGAGGAUGGGGAAUACACUCCCAUGCAGUGCUGGAGAGGCACUGGAUACUGCUGGUGUGUCUACAACAACGGAACCGAGGUGCCAGAAACCAGAUCUCGAGCAAAACUAGACUGCAGUGACUUUCUGGAGCCAACAGUGAAUUAUGAAGACUUUUUCGAAGCUGGAGCUAAGCCUGACAGUGAUAAGACCAGCACAGAGUGGUAGCUGAAUGUAUUACAAAUCAAACAACAACUACCACGAAUCAAACGCAUCUGAGUAAAGAAGAUCUAUAGUGAUUCUGCCAUUCCGCUUUCUCCUUGGCUGUUGGAAUCUUAUUAUACUAGUGUUGAGUUAUUGUGUGUUUUUUUAAUGGUUACUAAUCACUCUUUCAGUUACUUAAGGUGAAUAAUUACCCAUGUCCGUCACAGAUCAAUUCAGUAAUUUCAAACAUCAAAAUUGUGGUAUUGGAAGCUAAAGGUUCGCAGUCUAAUUAUUUGAGAUUUUGAGCUCUGUUCAGUAAGCAAAUUUCUAUAAAAUGAUGCCGAAAAUAGUGUUUUUGCAUAAUUUAAGUAUCCCAGCUAUAUAGCAAAGGGUUAACGGAGAAGUUAGGGCAGUUAUCGUCUCCAUUAAUACUCUGCUCCUACAAUCUCUCUCUGUUGCACCAUUUGGGUAGCAGAAAAAUAAAUAAUGCGUAAUAAACUUACUUUAUAUAAACGCCAUCUCAGAAUGGCGUUAUAGGAUGAGAAAUCCUUAUUCCAGCUGAAAACUCUGCCCACUAUCAGCCCCUCAUUCUGUGAUGACACUGCUAGUGUUCCCAAUACUGUAAUUAGUUUUGCAAAAAUGCAUAUACUGUAUAUUAAUAUUUAUAUGUACAGUAUACUAUAUACAUAGCCCUUCUCGGCAUUUAAUUCUGCUCCACCAUGGAAACUCCACUUGUGAAAUGGAGAAGUAAUGGAGGAGUAUGUUGGGGGGGGGUUCCGGAUGAUAGGUUGAUAGUCAAUUGGUCAACAUAAUAUGGUCGACAUGCAUUAAGUCAACAGAUACAAAUAGUGUACAUGUAAAAGGCUGAUAGUGCUUAAGGUUGACAUGACAGGUCGACACACUUUUUGGGGGAUUUUUUACAACUUUUUCUUCAUUUACCAUCCACGUGGACUAUGAGGAGAGCGAAAUGAGCCAGUGACGGUACACAUUUCCAGUAAAUGUGCCAUACAUAUGGACAAACAUACAAAAUGAUACCAAAAAAACGUGUUGUGUCGACCAUAUCCAAGGCAACCUUUUGACUGCGUCGACCUUUUCAAGUGUCUACCUUUUUCAAGUCAACCUAUUUCUGGUCAACCCAUUGAUCCUCACCCUGUGGGGGAGGGAGAAGUAUGUUUUUGAAUCAGACAAGUGUUGGGAAGAGCUAUAUACUGUAUCUAAAUAUAUAUAUUUUUAUUAAUACGAUGGUGGUUCAAUAAGUAAGGUAAUAAGACCUCUCGCGUAUGUAAUGUUCUCUUUUUCAUUCUAAUUCCCCACCAGGCCCGAGCAGGUAGGCCAUUGCUUCCCCUCAGUCAUUUCUCUGCGCCGGUCAUACUGUCCCAACAUCAGGUGUAAGAUGGUGGGGCUGGCGGAAACAUGGCCACCCAUUGAGGUGCGUAGCGUCAUCAGAUUUCUGGCACAUCAGCAGCUGACAUUCAUCACCAUCUUGUCGAGUUGUACAGUCAGAUAACAUCAUGUGUCGGAAACAGGUUCGGUGCUCUGCCUGUGGUGGACAUGCUGGGCCGGCCGGAUUACUGCUCAUCUUGAAUGUCAAUCCCACCGCUACCAAAGGCCAUGCACCAAACCCAAACCUGUUUCCGGACACCACGACAAGUUGGUGACGAAUGUCAGCUGCCGAUGUGCCCUUUUAGAUGCAGAAAUCUGAUCACACUACGCACCUCAAUGUGUGACCAUGUUUCCACCAGCCCUGGGGCCUUACAGCGGGUGUUGGGCAGUAUGACUGAUAAGGGGGCACAGUCUGAGGGGAAGCAGUGGUCUAAUUGCUCUGGCGGGAAAUUAGAAUGGGAAAAUUACACACGUGAGCGCUCUUAAUGCUUUACUUAUCGAUUGAACCAGUCUAAUAUGUAAAACAAAUGCUGUGACGAUGUCCAGAAUGUUCAGGGCAACAUCGAUGCUGAAUAGAGCCCUUUGUAACCUAGAUCACAGACUGACCUUAAUGGGGAGCUGGAAGUAUUUUUAUUUACCUUUCACAUCAGACAUUUCACAUACAGCAGAGCGCAAGCUUUGCUCAUCUUCAUAUACAGCCGUUUAUCCCGCAUUGUCCUUCAUUGGGUUUGAGCCGUCCCAAUUGCCAAAUGAUUCAUAUGCAAGUUCUCCCAAAUGCUACUGCAUGUUAGAGCGAUGACUAGAAAAGACCUGGAUAAUAACACGCCUACUUACACAUUGCAAUAAUUUAGACUUUAUGCAUCCUUCCAAAAUUGAUGUAAUCAUUAAAAAAAUAUACCAAAUAUUUAUAAAACAGACUCACAAAGCUGAUACAGCAGGUAAAGCUCAGUAAAUCAGCAUAAUAGCUCCUAUUGGCGCUAACGAUGGUCUCACUCCAGCACUUUGAUGAUUGAGGGAGUCCAGUUAACAAAAUCAAUAGGUCCCAUAAUGCUCUGGAGUGGACACAUUGGAGGCAAUUCAAUUAAAAUGUCACUUAAGAUCACGUUUCACUGUGAGGUAUGGGCAACGUGCAAUGCACGCAUAACCUGUAUGUAUGGUAGCCUAACAUUGUGAGUUUCCUGCACACCCGUAUAGGGUUACAAGGCUAAAUCUACAAUUACCAUACGUUACAAUGGCACAUCCCUUACAUUGCAUUUAAUAGAAUUGCCCCCAUUAAAUGAACAUGCAUCCUCUGUCACACCGAAGCUCUCUUAUACUCCAAGUAAGCUAUUCAAUUACCUGAAAUGUCUCCACCAUUUAUAGUGGGAUGGGAUACGAUAGUCUCUAAAUUCAUCUUCAUUAAAGCAACAGAAACUUUAGCAUUAACUAGGUAUUUGGAGCUGACUACUAGUGCAAGCCCAUGUACUGUAACUAAACAGGAGGGGAAAUAACAAGCAGGAAUGGAAAUGGGAGUCCAGUGAAGAGGAUCUGUCUUUUCAAAUCCCUGACAAUGCACGGGUUAGCGCCAGCCGUAACUCAUGGAAACAAGGGGAAGAGAAAAUAGAAAAGAUAACAGAGGGCGGGAUGUAAUGAAGGGUCUGGGACUCAGGGUCGACAACAAAAAGGUCGACACACCUUAGGUCGACGCCAAUUGGUCGACACACCUAAGGUCGACAUGGACAAAAGGUCGACAGGAACAAGGUCGACAUGGAAAAAGGUCGACAUGAGUUUUUUUGGUGUCGUUUUCUUCGUAGAGUGACCGGGAACCCCAAUUAGUGCACCGCUUCGCUCGCCAUGCUUCGGGCAUGGUGCCUUCGCUCCGCUACCGCUUCGUUCGGCACAGAUAACGAUCCACGUGGACUACGAUUGGAACGGUAAAGUAUGAAAAGGUUCAAAAAAAGAAAAAAAAAAAGUCGUGAAAAACUCAUGUCGACAUUUUUCCAUGUCGACCAAUUGGUGUCGACACAAGGUGUGUCGACCUUUUUGUUGUCGACCUGGAGUCCGGAUACCGUAAUGAAGACCGGGUCUGGUGGCCCUGCGGGAUGCCGGCCAAACUCAGAUGCUUUUUUAAAGGGGCAAUCAAACAAGGCCAAACCAUGUCUUGUAAAUGAUUGCCCCCUUUAAAAAAGAAAAGAAAAAAAAAGUCCCAGUUCGGCCACCAUCACGCACAGCCAUCAAACUCUGACUUCAUUACAACACGCCCAUAGUGGCAUAAAUUUGGCAAUGACUGGAUCACCCUAAGUGGCACUACUUGGGAUAUAGGAGUGCUCCAGAACAGAAUCCAGAUGUCCCAAAAAAAUAUAAUGAAGGUAGAACAUUCGCCUCCCUUAUGGUAAUACACUUACUAGAUAUUAGCAUAUAGGAACACAGUUUCUGGCACCUCCACCCCAACUGGGUGAUGCAGGAAACCGAUACAAAAAUAGUAGACUCCAAAAUAAAACCUGUAAACUUUGGUUCAUAUAUAAUUUCACCCAGAAAAUAGAGGAGACUAAUAAUUCGUUAUCUCCACAUUUGUUAACAUUAAUUAAAGCACAUUGUACUUACACAACACACCAAAAAUUGCAGCAUAGCAAUGACGAUGUAACCGAAUCGGCCUCCUGCCAAACGCCGAUGUAAAGCAAGUGCCUCAUACAAAAUCCCUGUAUUCUUGCCAGGCAGGAACUUGGAGAAGGGUAGUAUCCGGUAAUGGAGAUGAGAACCUGAUGACAGUUCCCACCGACGCAUUUGAACAUGCCUGGUGUUUUGAAGGCAAACGUCUUUCCGUGUCGGAGAGAAUCGACAUCAGGGUCUCAUCUCCUUUACCAAAUUCCACCCUUCUCUAAGAUACAGUCAUCCUGCCCAGGAAGAGUACUGGGAUUUUGUAUGAGACCAUGUUUUACAUUUUAAUUUGGUAUGGGGACCAUUUGGUCUAUAACAAUGGUAUUAAUAAUAAUAAUAAUGUAAUUUAUUUAGCACUUUCCACCCAAUAGGACUCAAAGGAAGGAAUUCAAUUGUUUGAAAAGUCGGUUGGGUGUCUGUUUUUUCCUAUCUAAUAGACAGGAAAAAACAGACACCCAACUGACUUUUCAAACAAUUGAAUACCCCCCAAAGUGUUUUACAUUUCCAUUUAAACAAACACAAGAUGCAAAAUAAGCUUAACAAAAAAGAUAAAUAACAUGUGCAUUGUAAUCGUUAGGAACUAAGGGAUUAUUAAUGAAACGCGUGAGCAAGCAGUGCCGCAAAACUAAAAGCUCAACCCUCAUUAAUUAAGGGAUAUUCUAGGUACUGUUAAUAUUCUUUCAUCUACAGUAUACAGUUAUGUCAUUAUUCAUAUGCUGUCAUUCUUCUUGCGGUUUGUAAGUGCAAACUGUUGUAAUAAAGUGGGGGAGAAUGCAGCAGGUCUCCUCCCUCUCUGGGCGGUCAUUAUUUGGUCACAAGAUUACAGUUUCAAUUCCAUAGUGACUGCUAUUUCUGAAGCCCUUUCCUUCAUCAACUAUUUGGGGAAUUAUUUGUUAGAAUUUACGGAUGAAAAAUAAAAUGUUUAUGUUCCUAUGCACUUAUAUCUAGUAAAGCUGGGUACACACUACACAGACAUAUCCACCAAUUGCCCGUCGUGACAACAGAACUCCCAGUUAGGUAAGCCUAUACAUUAAAUUUAUUGGCCAGGAGUCACAGCUGGGCGGGAAUAUCAAUUUGCCCAUCCAGUUGUGGUGUCAGUGACAGCAGCCAGUGUAUGAGUGAUUGGCGGGUCACUCAUAUUCACAGCUAGGCUUGCCAAUAUAUAUAGGGAAAGGGUAUAUGGCCGAUGUGAUAUGUCCGAGAACGACGCCAAUGACCUACAGAUAUACCUAUCGGUGUGUAGCCAGCCUUAGUAUAUCACCAUAAGAGGGCACACCUUCUACCUUAAUUAUAUUUACUUGUUGGGACUUCUGGGUUGUGCUCUGGAUCAGUUAGAGCCUGUGUGAUGCCACCUAGGGUGAUUCCGUCCUUGCCAAAUUUAUUACACUACGUUAUAUCGAUUUUCUGUUUCCAUGAUUAUUGAAUGGAGGUAACCUGUGCUUCACAGAGGACUUGAAAACAUGAUUCCACUACAUUGUUUUGUUGGACUUUCACUUACGGUGUUUUAAAGUGUUGAGAAGAAGCAUUCAUGGUAGACCAAAUUAUAUCUAUAGAUAUAUAAAGAGAGUUAACAGAGGGCACUCUAUAUAGUGCAUUAAAUGUUUUUAUUUUCAAGACGGUACCCAGCAGCAACCAAUCAACAGUAUCUUGCUACUUGUACCCAUUAAAAGGCUGUGUGGACUGGUUACCACAUGGCUCACAUAUUACUCCACCGGAAAAUCUCCAACACUGCCCCACGCUCCUACCGAGCUCCUGUACCUUGCCAUCAGCCACCUCAGUAACCGUCGUGAGUUGGGCCACAUCAGUUCCAUGUACAAUGCAGGGUCACCGGUAGCACGAUAAGUCCCUCUGACAAAGUCUGGUGACGGAAUGCGUUAAGAUGGGGCCUCGUCACGUAUCUUACUCCUGCUGACAUAUGUAUCGUAUCGGGAACAGGAGUGUCCUGACAUGCGCCGGUUACUGAUGUGGCUGAUGGCAAGGUACAGGAGCCCAGGAGGAGCGUGGAGCAGUGUUGGAGGUUGCCCGCUGGAGUAAUACGUGAGCCAUGUGAUAACCAGUCCACACAGCCUUUUUAUGGGCAUGAGUAGCAAGAUACUGUUGAUUGGUGGUUGCUGGGUACAGUCUUGAAAAUAAAAAAUGUUUAAUGCACCAUAGAGCGUCCUCUCUUCUCUAUAUUUUUAGAACCACCACCAGUAGGACUUCAGGCUUUCAUGGGUGGAGCAGCAGGCCGGAAAGAACUGUGGAUCUUAGUGCCUGCACUGCAAAUACAGCCGGUGUGUUAACAUACAGGAUAAGUCUGGGACGGAUACAAUUGGGAUACACACAGGUGCUGAAUAAGCACAAUGUGUGUGUGUGUGUGUGUGUGUGUGUGUGUGUGUGUGUGUGUGUGUGUGUGUGUGUGUGUGUGUGUGUGUGUAUAUAUAUAUAUAUAUAUAUAUAUAUAUAUAUAUAUAUAUAUAUAUUUUUUUUUUUUUUACAAGCACCUUUUCCGUGAAGCUGGAUGGUAAUGCCGCGUUUCGGAGAGUGACAUGUAACGAAAAGAUUACCAAACCAUAAUAUAUGAAUGUUUUUAAAAAAAAAACUCUUGUUUUAUGAAAAAUCCUCUGCAGGUUACUUUGCUAAAACAUAUAUAGUAAGUAGAUGGGCCGUGCGCUUUGCAGCAAAAAUAAAAAUAUCCAAACCUUAAGUACUUUAACUAAACCAAUGUGUUAUCCUUUCUAUAUUAUCAGUUUUUUUUAACCAAAGCGCCUUUAAACAUUGUAUUUUAUCUCAUGUGUGUUUAUGCUUGGUGUCGCAUUAUGUAGUUUAGAUGGGAUUUUGUUUUGUUUUUUACAAGUCUAUAACGCAAAGUUCUAAGGGCUUAUAUCACCUGUUUAAAUUAGAUUGUCUUGUACUUUGAUUCUGUAACUGACGUUCUAUGGAUAAUAAAUGGAACACUCAAAGUUGA